AUGACUGCUGCGAGACAGAUGGCGGUGGAGAGUCUGAAUAUCCAAGCGGCGUCCCGUGCUGAGCAGCGCAAGCAGCGCCUUCUGGAAGCUGAGCUCGAGCAGGCCGCUGAAGAGGCCGAGGCGCUGCAUAUGACUGAGGAACAAAGACAGCUGCUGAUGCAGCCUUUUCUGAGCGUCAAAGCUGAAUUCGCGGAUCUGGACGGGCUGCGCUGGACACAUGCCGCUCUCAGUUUGUUGCAGCCCAAAUCUCCUGCGUACAUAGUACGCAACAACACAGACACCGUUCGACCCCCUCCAUCCUCUUCUUCCACUCAUGCGCGUCUGCCGAUCCCGACCUCCCAACAUACACACACCCCGUCUGCGUCCCCGACUGCCGGUGUGUCUACACCCACCAACCCACCCACCCUCCCGCGCACACCGAACGGCCUGCCCAUCUCCGCAGCCGCCAUGCGCGCCCUCGGGUUCGACGUCGGAGUAGGCGUCGACGCUGCGAAUACGAGUAUGGGUGCAACUAGUUCCAGUAUAUCCACCACCACUCCUCCUCCUACUACUACUACUACGGAUACAACUACGGAUACAACUACGACUACCAAUAUCCCUAUACACUCCCGACAAAAACUUACCCCCGUUCCCGUUCCGCACCCCAAACACAAACACCCACCUAACCUCAAACACAUACCAACUACCCAAGGAGGAUGGAAAGGGAGUACGGAUGAAGUUGUUGAAAUGGACGAGGAGGGGGGGUGGGACUCGGACUCUGACUCGGAUUCUAGCUCUGAUGUAGGUGGGGGUGGUGGUGGUGGAGGGGUUGGUGUUGAAGAAGAUGAUGGAGAUGGAGAAGAAGAUGAAGACGAGGAGGAAGAUGGAGAGGAAGAAGAUGAGGAGGAAGAGUUCGACGAGUUCGACGAGUUUGAUCUCGGAGAUGGAGAUGGAGAUGGAGAUGGCGAAUGUGAAUGCGAGGAGUGCGAAGAGCGCGAGCAGUGUGAAGAAUUCGAGGAGUGCGAAGAAGAAGAACGCCUCAACCUCAACCUCAACCUCAACCUCAACCUCGACCUCGACUCAGAUCCAGACACGUACGCGGAUCUGGACGGCGAAGGUGAAGAUAUAACUCUGCGGAUACAGCUACCGCGCGACGUCGGUGGUGCUGGCGGUGGCGGGGGUGCUGCGGGUGCCUUAUCCUCACUCUCCACCUUCUCAUCUUCCUCCUCAACAUCUUCCUCACUCUCCUCUUCCUCCACACUCCAACCUACACACGCACCCGCACCCGCACACGCACCCGCACCCACACACGCACCCGUCCUGCCACAGCGACUCCAACCUACACUGUCCCUCGCCGUCGCACAAAAGGCUGCACACCACACGAACCACGCGCGGAACACGCGGAACACGCGCACGUACACACACGCGUCGCCGCUUGGUCUCACACCUGCAUACCCACCCGCACCCGUACCCGCUCCCGGCCCAGCGCCAGCGCCAGCGCCAGCGAAUGCGAAUGCGAAUGGGAACGCGAAUGGGAACAAGAACGCGAGGACAACGAACGAAACGAUGGCGACGAACGCGAACUCGAAUGGGAACGCGAACACGACCGAGCACGCGAAGGAGCAGACGAACGGGAAGACGAUGGCGAGGAUGGCGAACGAGAAGACGAACGCGAACGCGACGACGAGGAUGGAGUUUGUGGGUAUGGGAUCUGGCUCUGGCUCUGGCUCUCGUACGAACACGGCGACAGCGACAGCAAUAGGGACAGCGAUAGGGACAGGCACAAGCACGGCAAGCGGGGCGAAGAGACAGCUGAAGCGCGAGGAGACGCUCGUGGGGGGUGCGUUUUCAGGUGCGUUUUCGGGUGCUAAUGCGAGUGGGAACGGGAGAGGACGCGCGUUGAUGCGCGAGGAGCGCGUUGUUUUUUCUUCCGGUUCGGGGUCGAGUUUGGCGCCUAGUUCGGGUUCGGGUUCGGGGUCGAGGAUGAGGAUGAGUGCUGGGUCGAGUGCGGGGUCGACGCGAACACCUGCAGAGACGCAAACUCGAGAGCAGGCACCCAAACAAGCACCCAAGCAAAAGUCGUCUAUGAGGGUGAUAGGGAGUGGUACGAGGGCGAGGGUGGGAUCUUCCGGCUCAGUAUCGUCCAGCUCGGCAUCCCGCUCCAGCUCAGUAUCCUCCAGCUCAGCAUCCUCCAGCUCAAACUCCAGCUCAAACUCAAGAUUAUCCCCCUCCGGUUCAGCAUCCCCCUCAAGCUCGGCAUCCUCCAGCUCAGUAUCCCGCUCCAGCUCAACAUCUUCCAGCUCAGCAUCCCCAUCCCCGCACCCAUCCCCAUCCCCGCACCCAUCCCCAUCCCCGCACCCAUCCCCAUCCCCAUCCCCGCACCCAUCCUCAAACCCGUACACUACAAAGAUGACGAAGAGAAAACCACUCGCAGAGUCAGAUAGGACUCGGACGUUGAGACAGGCUGAUUUUGGCCCACGUUUUGGGGCGGGUUCGGGCGGGGCUGGGUCUUCAGCGGUGCCAACGACGGUCGAGGAUCAUGCGGAGGAUGCCGAAGGAGAGGAUGCCGAAGGAGAGGGAGAAGAAGGAGAAGGAGAAGAAGAGGAAGGAGAAGAAGGAGAAGGGGAAGGGGAAGGGGAGGAUAUAACAUCCCUCCUUCUCCUCCCGCCUCCUCCUCGCUCUUUCUCUCGUUCUUUGGCGGGUAUGGGUGCCAGCGCCGGUGCCAGCCCGGAUGUGGGUGUGGGUGUGGGUGUAGGAGAGCCGGGGAGAAGCACAGGGACGCGGUCCUCGUCCUCAUCGUUCUCUUCCUCGAAACAGGCUUUGAUGCCUGAGCGCGAGGGCGAGUCUGAGGUUAGGGGCUCAGAAGGGAGGGGAGGUUCGUCGGGGUCAGAGUCGGCGUCGGCGGCAGCGUCACGCGUGAGCGCAAAUACGGGCACUGGCACAGGAGCAGGAACAAAUGCGGGCUCUGGCGCAGCAGGAGCAACGCAAUCGGCAUACGCGCGUCUACGCGCCCUCUUGAAUGAUGAGCGUGCCGAGCUGGCUGAGCUAGCUGGGCUUGGUGUUGGUAUUGGUAAGGGUAAGGAGAAUGGUGUGGCGUCGGUACAGCCGGCGCCGCCUAGACUCGUGUCUCCGCCUUCACCUGGACAUGGACACGUGGAGGAGGAGGAGGAUGAGGAAGAGGGCGGGAUGAUUUAUUCUACAGCUCCGUCGUCUUCGUCUUCGUCUUCGUCUUCGUCUUUCGUGUCCGCGUCGAGGUUGGAAUCGAGAUCGAAUUCGAGAUCAAGUUUGACAGCGACUUCGACUUCGACUUCGACUUCGACAGCGUCAACGACAGCGUCAACGACAACGACAGCGUCAACGACAGCGUCAACGACAGUGGAAAAGACAGUGACAACGACUCGGACAACGAUAUUGGAAAAGACAGCGUCAACGACAACGACACCACUCCCACAAUUACAGCUCCACAUACGACCUUCCUAUCCCUCGCCUUUUCCUCUCCCUAUGAAUGCGCAUGUUGGAUCGCAUGGGUCGUACGACGUUCAUAAUGCACUUGAUGUCCGUAACGCGCACAACGUCCAUAGCGCCCUUGACGUUUAUAACGCGCACAAAUCCUACGUGUACACCCACUCCGCCGACGACGACGGCGACGGGUAUGGUGACGGCGAGGGUGAAGUGUGUGGUACGGAUGACCAUGAAUACGACGACGACGAGACGCCGAUGCCUAGUCCUGUUGAACCUCGACAUGGACAUGGUGGUGGGGGAUGUGAAGGUGGGAAGAGUGUGCGCUAUGGAUUCGGGUUCGGGUAUGGGUUUGGGGAGCGAUGA